AAGAAAGGUUGAAACAAAAAGAGCAGGUGAUGAUGGCUACCUUUUUAUUCACUCACACUCACUGACUCCCUCCCUCUCUUUAUUUCUUCCAAAUCUACCGCUUGUAUACUCUUCCAAGCAAAGAACCCAAUCAGAUCACAAAUACUUGUCUUCAAUCAUCAUCUUCUUCCUUUCACCCUAAUUCACCUCUCAUCUUCCUUAACACACACACUCUCUCUCUCUAUCUCUCUCUAUCUCUAUAUCUCUCCUUGUUGUUUACUGAUGCUUUGAACUUGUUGCUCUAAUGGCUGGUCAAAUUGAAGAACCGUUACGGUUUAAUUUUCAGGCAGAUCUCUUGCACUCUGGAUCAAUCUCGUUUGGACGAUUUGAAUCCGAAUCAUUAUCAUGGGAAAGAAGAUCAUCGUUUUCACAUAACCGGUAUCUUGAAGAGGUUGAGAAAUACUCAAAACCAGGUACAGUUACCGAGAAAAAGGCAUAUUUUGAAGCUCAUUUUAAACGAAAAGCCCUUCUGAAACAAAACUCCUCUGAAAAUCAAGACGGAAGAGAAGUUGCUACCAGUGAAAAUGAUGAUAUGCAUGAUUUACAAGAAUCAGAAAACGGCAACGAGAGCAAGCAUUUCACUUGUUUUGAUGAGAGCCCUCAUAGUUCUGGUCAUUUCAGUUACGACAAAGAAACCGAAAUUCAGAUACGCGUAAAUCAAAGCGUUGAAACGUUAUGUGCUGAGAACACCAAUCUCAGCAGUGUUGACCAUCCAAUGACUGGUCAAGAUCACGUUAAGCUAGAAGAAACACAUGCGAUUGGGACUGCAAAUGUCGAUUUGGUCAAAAGAGAAGAAACUACGGAAGUGACCCUUAAUGAUUCGGUUGUAAUGGUCGAUGUGGCAUCAGAAAAGCCGAAACUGAAAGCCCGUGUCAAAUUAGCUCAGGUUUCAAGAACUGUUUCCAGUGACGCAUCCAGAGUGUCUGCUAAAACCAAAAUAAGGGAAAUCAAAGCUUUACCAAUGAAGGAAAAAGUAAAGAAGUCACCUAGACCUGCUAGUUCCAUAGCGCAUUCAGGGAGAAGAACUUUAAAACCAGAGGAAUCAAGUACAAGUUUUCCGAAGGCGAAAUUACCUCCACCAAAUAGAAGUAUUGUGAAAGAAUAUAGACCAGAAAAGUCUCUUCCAGGAGCACGAGAAACCGUCAACAGGACUAAACAGAAUAAUCCUACUCCGAGUAAGUCACAAGCCAAUCAUAUUGCAGGGGGCUUCACUUUUAAGAGUGAUCAACGAGCAGAACGGAGGAAAGAGGAAAAGAAGGCUGCUGCAGAGAUCAGUAAAAGUCUCAACUUCAAAGCAACACCAAUGCCUUCAUUUUACAAAGAAUCUGCUCGAUCGUUAGAUCAAAACAAGGCUGUAUCAUCUAAUAACAAAACACCAAACAGACCGCGAACCGCUUCUAUGGCUCCAAGCACCAAAAGAGUUCCAUCAAAUUCCGCCAGCUCAUAUAUGGCUCCAGGCACCAAAAGAGUUCCAUCAAAUUCCGCCAGCUCAUCAAUCCCGAGACCCGGUUCUUCAACUUCUGUAACUAGCAAAUACCGUCGGCCAGAACCUUUCAGAACAAUACAAGAGAAGAAAAAGGACUUGAAUUUACCGAAACAAAAAGGGCAUGAAGCAAUUGUAGGCGCACGCGUUAGAGAGACGAAACGAGUUCACACGGGUGCGGGGAUCAAACCCGGCUACCUAGCGGUCCGUGUUGCCACCUGAUCGUGUUGUUUUAAUGAUGGUUUGCGAGGAAUAAAGACGGGGUAUGUAUGUACCAAGUAAGCUGUUGUACCUACGUUGUAGAUCGCGUUAGGAAAUUACUAAAAUACCCUUAAUAAGGGAAAACGUUAAAAGUAGGUAAAAUGAAUGCUUUCUAGUAUUACUUGAUGUAUAAAAGGGUUAUAAACGUAUAAAGGUUUCACGAACGAAAAUAUUAGAUUGCUAUGUA